AUAUGAUCAACAUGAAUAAAUUCCAUCACUUGGUAUAGUUCCACUACUCUUAGGAACAGGACAAAGAGUCAACUGCUAGCUUCCUAUUGAAAUUCCACUCCAUUUCAUGCACCCAAAUCCAAUUGCUUAGCUCCUUCUCUAAUCAAACCUUCAUUUUUACUCUUAAUCAAUAAUGGCAAGCUCCCAUCAUUCUCAAAAGCUUGAUCUUAGUUUUAUAAGCAAGGGCAUUGGUUCUGUAGUUCCCACAACGCCCUUGGUUACCUUUCUUGAACAUGUUCAAGAAACUGCACAAUCCACCUUUGUGGACAGACACUUUGAUCCUAAGCGUUACGUUGAUUUGUCCUUGAAGUACAAUCUCUCAACCACUGAGAAGGCCUUCGAUGAGCUUCCAAGGACUGAAAAUGGGACUGUUUCGGUUAACGAUUUGGAGGAUUUUUUAACAAUGUAUUUUCUGGAUGCAGGGAAUGAUACAGUAUACUAUGACCCACCGGAUUUUCUGCCGAAGCCUGAUGGGUUCUUGCCCAGAGUGGAGAAUCCAGAAGUGAGAGCAUGGGCACUGGAAGUUCAUUCUUUAUGGAAGAAUUUAAGUACAAAGGUCUCGGAUGAGGUUCGAAAGCAACCUGAAUUGCAUACUUUGCUUCCCUUGCCGGCGCCAGGCGUCGUACCGGGCUCACGUUUUCGAGAAGUUUAUUAUUGGGAUUCCUAUUGGGUGAUCAGGGGCUUGCUUGCAAGUAAAAUGUACGAGACUGCGAAAGCAAUUGUGACUAAUCUGAUUUACCUUGUAAAUACAUAUGGCUACGCCCUUAAUGGAGCAAGGGCCUAUUACACCAAUAGGAGCCAGCCUCCACUCCUAAGUGCAAUGGUAUGUGGUAUAUAUGACAGGAAUGGUGAUAUGGAAUUGGCUAAGAAGGCGUUGUCCGUGUUGAUUAAGGAACAUCAAUUUUGGAAUUCUGAAAUACACAAAGUCACAAUCCAGGAUGCUCAAGGUAUAAAUCACACACUAAGUCGGUAUUAUGCAAUGUGGAAUAAACCUAGGCCCGAAUCUUCAGCCAAGGACAAGAGAUAUGCUUCCAAGCUCUUGAAUGACUCUGAGAAACAGCAAUUUUACCGAGAACUGGCUUCAGCUGCUGAAUCUGGUUGGGAUUUCAGUACAAGAUGGAUGAGGAAUCCUUCUGAGUUUACAACAUUGGCUACAACAUCUAUCUUACCUGUUGAUUUAAAUGUAUUCAUACUCAAGAUGGAACUAGACAUUGCCUUCUUGGCAAAAGAAACUGGAGAGGAAGGCAUAGCAGAGAGUUUCUUGGAAGCUGCUCAAGCAAGAAAGAGAGCAAUCAACUCUGUUUUCUGGAAUGAAAAAAUGGGACAGUGGCUUGACUACUGGCUCCCUACUGGCACCAUAUGUCAGGAAACUCAAAUAUGGAAUGCUUGUAACCAGAAUCCGAAUGUGUUUGCUUCAAACUUUUCUCCUUUGUGGAUUGAUGUGUUCAAUUCAGAUGGUGAUUUGGUGAAGAGAAUCAUGAGAAGUCUUCAGAAUUCAGGCUUACUUUGUGCUGCUGGAAUUGCCACUUCUUUAACCAAUUCAGGAGAACAAUGGGACUUUCCAAAUGGUUGGGCUCCACUUCAACACAUUAUAGUUGAAGGUCUGACAAGAUCUGGAUUACAAGAAGCAAAGUCACUGGCAGAAGACAUAGCUAUGAGAUGGAUUAAAACCAACUAUGUCACGUACAAGAAAACGGGUGCUAUGCAUGAAAAAUACAAUGUAGAAAAGUGUGGAGAAUUUGGAGGAGGUGGUAAAUAUUUACCUCAGACUGGAUUUGGUUGGUCAAAUGGAGUUGCAUUGGCUUUUCUGGAGCAGUUUGGAUGGCCUCAAAAUCAUAAGAUAGAUUGCUGAUUUGGCCACCUAUGCUGAGAGAUGACAAAAGGAAAAUAAAAACCAUUAAUCAAAUUGUCUGGUCUGUAGAUUAUCUUUCUUGUGGUUAUGAUAUGAUGAUCAUUUUAACCCAAGAAAAUUAUGCAAGAGAAUCCUAUAGCAAGUCGUCCAGCUAAUGUUGUUAAUUGGAGAAUAUUAGGUUUCCUGUUCCUGAUCAUGUUUGGAUAUGCUCUAGUAGAGAGUAAAAGCAUUGAUCACACAAUAAUGCUUCCAAAGCUGGUGGAUUUAUUUCUUAAUAUUUAAUUAUCAAGCUUAUGUCAA